AAACACGCAGUGCCUAACCAGACUUGACCAAAGCCAAAUCCUGGUCAUCCACGAAGUGCAUCUCAGAAACGCACUCUUUACCAGGGAAGGAGGAAGAAGCAAUGAGCCUGUCGCUGCUCCAAGGCUAUUCUUCCACUGAAGAAGAAGAGGAAGAAACGGUAGCGGCAUACGAUGAGCUUUCAGACGACUACGAAAACGGAGAUAAUCCCUCCCCUGCCGCUGCCAUCCCCAGCUACAAAUCUUCUGCCUUUGACCUCUAUAAGUCAUCCUCCAAUGACUCCGGACUUCCCUCCGCAUUCGACGCUUUCUCCCAGAUUUCAGGACCUCCCACGUUUCUAAAUAACUGCGUCGAGGUCGAAUCCCAGGCAGCAGAUAGAGUUGCGGAUCAUCGGCAAAGGAGGCAUCGUGGUCGCGGAGAGAAAAAAGAUUUACCCACAGGUGCUGUGAUGGAGGCCAAAGCUCAGCUAGUUGGGAUCCGUGACUGGGUAAGAAGUGAUAUUGAAGGCACUCAGCCUCCAACAUCAUCAGUUUCCAGCAAGGCACAAGGUGAAGGCAGGCGUGUGGCAGCUGCUACUAAUCCCAGUGCUGAAGAUGCUGCAGAACUGCUGAGAGUGUGCUUGCAUUGUGGAAUACCCAAAAUCUAUUCUAAUGCUCGAGGAAUGUUCUGUCCAUUAUGUGGCGAUCGCCCUCCCACUGACCCGAGCAACGAACCAAAGAAGAAGGGUUCUACUAUAAAAGAGAAGGAGAAGAACAAGAGGAUGAAAGGCCAGUCAUCUCAUGCCACAUGGAAGAGUGAAACUGAGAUGCAACUUAGGCAGCAGUUUGAUUAGCUGAGAGUUAGUCUGGUGUAAUGUAACAUAACUUAGGAGAUAUAAACAGGAAAGUAGAUGACCGUUGAAAAAUGUACUUGCUGCUAGCUGUUGACUUGGCUCGAAAGUGCAGCAGGACAAGUGGACAGAAUUACUUUGAGAUUUUGUUCCUUUAUGUCAUUACAUGGUUUCUGUCUUAAGGAAAUUCUAUAGUACCUUCACCUUUUGAGAGGUUAGCAUCAAAUGUCAUGCAAGCUCUUUACUUUCUUA